AUGCAUUUCGCCUACCUCCGUGAGCCAGCUCAGCGAGUACCAACAGCAAGGCACGUAGCCGCAGCACCGCAACGCAAAACUGACCACGGAUCAGGGGACACUAAAGCCCGGACAACUGAAUCUGAUUGCACUUUCGGGGAACCGUGCUUGGGUGCUUUGAUUGUACACUGUAAACGAGGGCAUACGGAUUCAUCGACUGCUUGCACGGCACUUGGUGAACGGCUCGAAGGGAUGCGUGGCCUAGAGUCGCACCGGCUCGGCGCGCAGCAUCUCUUUCUAGGUUUUACGGUGCCUUUCUGGACAGAGAAGAAUGAAUCACCGAAUAGGCCGACUAAGCGACAGCUUCUGGCCAUUAACCGGAAGCGACGCGGCUUGUUCGGCACUGCUGGUGGGCUGCUCGCAGGCGGCGCUGCGGCGCCUGGCUGGGAGGCGGGCCCCAGGAGCGGUACACGCGGGUCGUUGCUGCGCCUGGAGGCUGCACGAGCUGCCUCUGUGACAGAAAGGCAACACCAGGGAGCCUCGGUUGUGGGAAAAACGACACCUGAGGCCGUCGCCUACGAGAUCGAUCGGCACGGGUCUGUGUACGCGUACCGGGCAACAAGCACGGCGGGCGCGGGGUCCCUGGAGCGGCUCGCGGACUUGCGGAGUAGCGACUGGCGCCAGCGUGCUCGACAGGCGUUGGCAGCAGCACCUGGUCAGCUCGUGCUCCAGUUGCGCUCAGUUUUCCUGCCCGAGGGGUUUCCAGAGAGCGUCGGGCCAUCCUACCUGCGUUACUCGUUGUGGCGCGGUGCCCAGAACGUGGUCUCCGCGAUGACCGCAGUGCUAUCGACGCAUGCCCUGCUCGCAGCAGUUGGUCUAUCGUCGACGCCGGUGGCCGCGGCGACGUCUUGGGUCCUCAAGGACGGCAUUGGUCAGCUGGGAAAGCUGCUGACGGCGCGACGCGGUCGAGACUUUGAUGCCGAUCCCAAGCGAUACCGCCUGUCGUCGGACCUGCUCUAUGAUGCUGGGUUAUCGCUGGAGAUUCUGACACCGCUCUUCCCGCAAUAUUUCCUAGCGCUAGCUGCGCUGGGCAACUUUACGAAAUCGGUAGCGAUUACAGUAGGCAUGGCUUGUCGUAAUUCAGUGCUGAGCUCGUUCGUUUUGCGUGGCAAUCUGGGGGAUAUCAGUGCCAAGAACGAUGCCCAGAACGUUGUCACGAAUCUGACUGGCAUGGGGCUGGGGAUUGUGACGGCGCGGGCGUUGCCGCCAAAGCCAUCAGUUCGCCUGGGGGCCUUUGCUGCACUGACGGCCCUGUACAGCGUCCUCAAUUACCAGUCCAUGAAGGCAGUGAAGUUAAAUGUGGUGAAUCGUCAGCGAGGAGCAAUCAUUGCGGACUCCUUCGUGCGGAGUCAUGCUGAGGAUGUGCUCGAUGUUGAGACCGUCAAUGAUCUGGAAUGUAUCAUUCCAUUUGUACCAGAGCACUUUCAGUGGUUGCCCCUUAAACUGGGCGUGUCCCUGGAGCGAGUGGGUCGCUUGCCGCCGCCCCAGCGAAGACCCCGUGCUCGCUACGUGAUGUCGAUGAAUGAGCGGGAGCUACGCGUGGCGUUGCACGAGCGAGCAGCUCCUCGCGAUCUGCUGCAGGUUCUGUUGCAGAGCGCGUAUCUUCGCUACUUGGUAAGUGUGCGGAGUGGCGGUAUGGAGCGGUGUAGCCCAGCACGGCAGCGAACAGCCAUAGGUUUGCCACGGGUCUGUUUUCCGCUACGGCUUUCACCGGAUAUGGACCAAGGGCAGCUGAUGGCCCAGGCAGAGGCGUAUGCGGAACGCUAUGUGGACGCGUUCUGUAGAGCUCUAGAGCGGCGUGGCUGGAACACAAGGGUUCUGCAGCUGGCCCCGGAUCGCUAUCGCUGUCGCUGGUGA